AGGUUUAUUUAGGCUUAAUUCGAACAAGUUAUGCCGAAUUCAGGGAAGUUUACUCGACGCACUUUGGUGGAGGACAUACGUGACAUAUUGAGAAAAUAUCCAUGUGAUGCUCAAAUAUUUAAAGAGAUAAUACAGAAUGGAGAAGAUGCAGGUGCAUCGAAAAUAACUUUUGUGUACGAUGAAAAUACCUAUACUGAACAAAAUAAUUUUAGUAUUGCUGGUUUAAAAGAUUACCAAGGACCUUCAUUGUAUGCGUAUAACAAUGCUAUGUUUACAGAAAAAGAUUGGGAAGGAAUUAGUUCUUUGGGAAUAAGCUGUAAAGAAAAAGAAGUUUUAAAAGUCGGAAAAUUUGGAUUAGGCUUUAAAUCAGUAUUCCAUUUAACAGAUUUUCCUAUGGUAAUGAGUGGUACAAAAUUCAUGUUCCUUGAUCCUAUGGUCUGUACAUUGAACAGCGAAGUUCUUGAGUUUGAUUUUCAAAAUAAUGAAGAUCGAUUGGUAUUUCAAAAUCAUGCUGAUUUUGAGUUGUUUAAAAGGUUAUUUCAAAUUAAAGAAAAUGGUGUGAAUGGAACUUUAUUUCGCUUUCCAUUGAGACAAAAAAAAUCAGAUUUAUCAGAGUUUUGCUACAAUAAUGGUCAACUAAAUGAAUUGAUUAAAUCACUUAAAGAUAAUGGUUACUUAAAUUUAUUGUUUUUAAAACAUGUAAAACAUAUAGAGUUAUGUCGUAUUAAUAGAAGUAAUAAAAAAGUUGUUGAAUAUUCAAUUGCAUUGACAGAAGAUUGCAUUAAAAAGUAUGGUAAUUCAAAAAUGCAGUUUAUUGAUAAAAUUAAAAAACAGCUUCAAUCUCCUAGUUACUCUGAAGUAACUAAUGACUAUGAAGUGAACAUUAUAGAGAAAGAAAUAAAUACACCUGAAGUUAACUAUUGCUAUUUUGUAAGUGAAUAUUAUAGCGCUGCUUCAUCAGAUUUCAAUAAUCUUCAAAGCCUUAACCUUUUACCACUGGUAACAGUAGCAUAUCCUAAAAAUGAUCAAUAUCUAGGUGAUGUUGGAGGACAUAUUUUUUGUGUUUUACCACUGCCUAUGUGGCAAAAAGGCAUCACAGGUUUACCUGUGCAUGUGAAUGGUUUCUUUGCACUCAGUGAAGAUAGGCGUGAUUUAAAAUGGCCAACAGAUCCUAAAAAUAUAAACAAAGACCAGCAAGUUCUUUGGAAUAACUUUCUUAUAACAAAGUUGCUGCCUCAUGCUUAUAGUAACUUGAUGAAAUAUUUAACUCAAAUGCGCUCAAGUUCAGAUAUUGUGUAUGACUGCUGGCCAAAAAAAGAUGUUGUUGACAAGAAAUGGCAGCACAUCUUGAACCCUUUUUUUGAAAAGGUUUCUCAAUUAAAAUGUUUUUAUUGCAGUAAAUUUAAAGAAUGGUUGUAUCCAUCAGAUUGUUAUAUUCUUAAACCAGAUUUAUUUUUAUCUGAAAAACAAAAUUUAUGUAUUAGAGAUUUUCUUGAAAUGUGCGAUGAAAAGGUUUCUGUUGUUCCCAAUCAUGUUCAAUCAUACUUUAGCAGUCUUAAAUUCAUCUCUAAGUCAUUAGUACAAACAACUCUUAAGAAAGAAAGAAACUUAAAUCAUUAUAAAAUUUGUAAAAGCUCUGAUAUGAUGCACAUUUUAGAGUUUAUUUUGACUGAUAUGUCAGAUGCUGAAAAAUUAUGUGCAAUGCCUUUGUUACCAAUGCAUGAUGGAACAUUGGGUUCUAUAAAUUACAAGAGCAAUUACAACAGUUCAGUUUUUAUUGCUACUGACAACCAUCCAUUAGAGAUUUUUCCAUCCCAUCAGAAUUUUUUUAAUCAAAAGCUUCUAAAGGAAAACAAAACUUUAAUGAAGACUUUUCAAUCUGUAGCUAAAACAGUGGUCAUGCAAAGUCUUACUACUAAUCUUACCAAAUUACUACUAGAUCAAAGGACAAGACAAAUUGCUAAUGUGUUAGGUAAUCAAGAUAUUAUUUCUGGUAUAGCAGUUAUGGAUAGAAAAAAAAUUGAGAAAACUAAGAAAAAGUUUGAAGUUUUGUACUUUAUUGCAAAGAACGAAUUACCAUUAACAAAGUACACAGAAAUAUUAUGGCUUGAAAAAAUGCAUAGUGUUGAGCUAGGAGGAGCAUAUUUUAGCAACGUCAAAUGUGCGGAAUUUAUAGGUUUUAUUGGUGAAGGUUUAAAAGAGAAAUCAUUAUUUGAUUUGUCAAAAUCUAAAUUAUUUGGGAUAUUAUGUGAUGGAUCAACGGAUAGUGCGAAAUUAGAAGAUGAAGUUGUUUAUCUAAUUUAUUUCAACCCUGAACCUGUGGGAAGUGAUGGAGUUCAAGUGAAAAUAAUCUUCAUAGACUUAAGAAAUUUAGAAAAAUUUUCAGCUUCUGGUGUAUACGAUGCAUUUGCAGAUUGUUGCAAAGAACUAUCUAACAAAUUUGGAAUUGAAGAGUUCGAAAGAUGGGAUCAGAAAAAAGUAGUAGAAAACUUAACUGUUAACAACAAUGAGUUUGCAGAUGACGCCAUUACUUAUUUAGUAAAUUGUUUUGAAACACCUUUAAAACAUGCUGGCAUUAAUGUGUCAGAUGUCUUAAGUCAAUGGCACUCUCUUUUAGAGUAUGCUCGAAACUUUAACAUUACAGUAGUUGACAGUUGGCAGCAAGCUUUGGAUAUUUUUAUCACAACUGGUACAAAUCUAUGUGGUCCUACAAAAAAAAAAAAUAGAUUAUCUUUAAAACAACUUGAAGGAAUACCAAUGGUUUUAAUUAAACAACAAAUGGAAAUCUCGUUAAGUAUACUGACUCAAAAAGACACAAAUGUUAUAGUGGAGUCUUUUGAAAAGAACUUACUAACACCAGUAAUGAAGUUAUUUUUGGAUAAAUGUCUUGUUCCAUUAUUGUAUGCAGACGACUUAGAUCAAAUUGACAUUUUUGAACUAUGCUCAAAUAGUUUCAUAAUGAAGCCUACAAAUGAAGGAUUUUUAAUAGCCCUGAUAAAUCACCAUUUGCAAUUAAAGAUUGAUGUGUUGAAUUGCAUUUCAGGUGCACCGAUAGAGAUACGAAAGAUAAUUAAAGCUGGUAUGGAAAAACAUUUAGAAAAUCCCUCCUUACUUAGUGAAAGUACAAAAUCAUUUGUUAAAAAAUUGAAAGUCUUUGAGGUUUUGUACCCUUCGGGUACAUUUGUAUGUUUGGAUCAAAGUUCUUAUUUUGUUGAUAAAAGGCAUUUUUUACCUUUAAUGUCAUGUCUUGGAAUAUUUAUUGAUUCAGCAUCAGUCUCUUGCUCAAUAAUCAGUGCAUUAAAUAUUAAACAGCUAUCAUUUAAUGAUGUUGUUUUUUUCUUAGCAAACAAUUUCCACAGGUUUUCUUCAGAACAGCAACAUCAACUUAAUGAGUUUCUAUUAAUUUGCCUAGAAAAUUUUGAACUGAGUAUAGAUGCUUUAAAUUUAUUAAAAAAUCAAAUUUUUGUUGAAAGUAAUGGAAAGCUUUUGAAACCUUCUUCUUUAUUUGAGAAAACAAGUGAUUUGGAAAAGAUGUUUUUUGGAGAAGUUAACCGGUUUCCUAAUGACAGGUACAAUAUCUCAGUACUGAAAAAACUAGGUUUAAAGUUGAAGUCAGAUUUAAGUACUAAUGAUAUAGCUCAGAGCUUAAGUUUUAUUGAAAAAGCAAAUUUCAAACAAAAGGAUUUUUCAAAACUCAUCAACAAAAUAAAAAUUAUUCUACUUACAAAAAACUUUAAAAUGUCAAAUUAUUUACAUUUAAAGUGGAUACCAAUAAAGCAAAAGUGUUUAGGAUCAUACCCUUUAUCUCUGAAAUGGUUUGGAACUGGAAAAUGUUUUGUAGAACCUAGUAAUGUCUAUUUGGAUUCACAUGAGUGUUUAAUAGGAAGUGUUGCUUAUAUCAUACACCCAAGCUUAUCAGAAACAUAUGCUAAAUUCAUUUCUGACAUAAAUCCAUCUUUAAAUUUGAUAAUGCAACAUCUAAAAAACAUUGAAGUAAGUUACAGUGAUGAAGAAAAAGGUCUUUAUAAGCAAAAUAUACAAAAUAUUUACAAUGAAUUGAACAGGUUUAAUGUUACUGAUGUUGUUGAUUCGUUUAAGAAACACCAGAUGAAAAUCUGGAAUGGGUCUUGUUUUUUAGAUAUUGAUAAAGUGCUUUUUAAAGACAUGUAUCUUAAGUACGAUGUAUCUCCCUAUUAUAAUCAAGUUAAAACUGUGAUUUCUGAUGUUGUUGAAAAGUAUGUACAAUCUUUAGACUUUUUUCCUAAAAAUGAGAUUGAUUUAUAUUUGAAUGUUCUCAAGCAAAUCAAAGAAAAACAUGACACAACAGAUAAAGAUACAUCCUUUGAUCUCAAUCUGUCUAUAAAUCUUGUAAAAUAUAUUGCAUUAAACUAUUCUUCAUUACCGAAUAAUAGUCAAGUGUUUGUACCUAUACAGAGUAGAAGACUGUGUCUAAAUUUAUUGUCAGAAUGCUAUUAUAAAAGUAGUGAUACAGGGUAUUCAAACACAACUUUCAAUUUACUUCAUGAAAUGCUAAAUGAAGAUGAUGCCAAUAUGUUGAAUGUUCCUAAUUUAGUUAGUGUUAUUAUCUCCCCAAAUUCAUUUUCUUGCUUUCAGUCAUGGGGACAACAGGAACCUUUGACAACUAAGCUUAAUCGAAUUUUAAAGCAGUACAAUGAUGGGUUUGCUAUAGCAAAAGAAUUCGUUCAAAAUGCAGACGAUGCUGGAGCAAAAGUAGUCAAAUUUCUUUAUGAUAAACGGCAAAACAAAGAGUUUAAAAACAAUUUAUUUGAUUCUGGCAUGAAGCAUUGGCAUGGCCCAGCACUCUGGAUUUAUAAUAGUGCAGAAUUUACAGAGCAAGAUUUUGUUAAUAUUACAAAAUUAAAUGCAGGGACCAAAGAAUUUGAUACUUCAAAGAUUGGUACUUUUGGACUUGGUUUUAAUUCAGUCUACCAUCUUACUGAUGUACCAAGUAUACUAAGUGGAAAUACUCUUGUUGUUUUUGAUCCUCAUACAGAAUACCUUGGAAAAGCAAUACAAGAUAAAAGAGAACCUGGUAUAAAAAUGACACUGGUUGGGAAUUCCAACUGCCUUCAGUUUAGUAAUCAAUUUAAAGUUUUUCAUAAAAUAUUUGACUGUCAUCUCGACUUUGAUAGUGGAGAUGUUCAAACAUUUAAAGGAACUCUUUUUAGAAUACCUUUGCGUAGCAGUGAAACUGCUCCACUGAGUAAAAUAAGCCAGUUAGUUUAUUCUGAAAAUGAAAUGAAGUUGUUGUACCAAAAAAUUGAAGAACGCAUUAAGCAUUUGUUAUUGUUUACUGAAAAUGUUUCUGAAUUUGGUUUGUUUGAAAUAUCUGAUAAUGUAAACAAAGUAUUAACUAUAUCAACUGUUAAGAAAAACAUUGAAGUAAUUCAUAGAUAUGGUGUAAAAAAUGAAAUUUCAGUAAUGAAAGUUUGUACACAAAUGCUUCAAAACAAUCUCAACUUUAAAAAUGUAGAUAUUCAAUUAAAAGUUUCGAUUGAUUCUGUUGUUAAAAAUAAGACAGAAAGAAAUGUUUAUCUUGUGAGUUCUUGUGUUGGUGGAGAGAAUUCUUAUACGUAUGCCAAAAAAAACAAAGGACACAAUUCUUGUGGAUCUAUAGCUGUUGAAAUUAGUGAUCAGCAAGGAAAUAAAUUUGUUGAGAAUGCUGAUGGAGAUUUAUUUUGUUUCCUUCCAUUACCAAUUAAAAGUGGAUUGCCUAUUCAUGUUAAUGGUUUUUUCACUCUUUCUAGUGAUAGAAAACAUCUUCUAAAAACAACACGUGAUGAUAAGUCUUACGGGACAAAAGACUGGAAUGAUAUUUUAGCUGAAGAUUUGUCUACAGCUUAUAUAAAUCUUCUGCUUCAAUUAAAAAGAUUGAACUCAAAUUACACUUUAACUAAAUGGGCAAAAAUUAUCCCAUUAAGUGUAACAAAUGGUGCAAGAAACAGCUCUAUGCAAUGUUUAGUUAGGUCAUUUGGUAAAAAAUUGAUUGAAGAUGAAUUAGAACUUUUCCCUUCUGGUAUUAACAAUCAAUGGGUUUCAUGGAAAUAUUUAAGAUUCUUGUCAAAUGAAAUUCAUUCUAGUAUAAAACAAGACAUGUUAACUUUUAUGAAUUGGUAUUAUUUGAUGAUGCAACCUAGACUUUAUGCUGUUGAUACACCAGAGCAUGUUAUCAACAUGCUUUUAGAAUGUGGCAAUAAUGUAAAAUCUAACAAGAUAACAGUAGAAGCAUUUAUUAGGUUAUUCUUAGAUAAUCUUGGUUCUCCUCUGCUUGAUGUCGAUUUAAGAAAUAAAAUUACAAUUUAUUUUAUUAAUAACAAUAUUGGUUGUCUUUAUGAUUGCAGAUGCCUGCCUACAAAACCUAAUGGAAAGUUGAAGAUGUCAUCUGAAUGUGUUGAAGUAGAUAGCAAAGUUGCUUCUUUGUUUUUAUUAAAUGAUGAAGUAUUUGUGUUUGAUCAGUUUACACCUUUUCUAUCUAAGUUUAAGGAUAUUAAUUCUUAUAAUUUGUCAUGGCCCAUGAUUUUAUUAUGCGCGAGGUCUAUAUCUAGUAUGUCUAAUUUUGAAGGACUUGUCAAACGCAGCAAGAUGUUAAUAAAGUUAAUGGAAUCUACAGAGACUGAUGAGUGUCCAAGUUAUAUAAAAAAUGACCUUUUAAAAACAAAGUUUUUACCAUCUUAUAAAAAACCUGAUUGGUGGCCUUUUAAUACUCAUUAUGGAGAAUUUGAAAAAGUUGAUGCUCCUUGCAAUAGUUUUGGAAAGAAUUGUCUUUAUUUGGUUAGUGUGACAAAACCAAUUAGUAAAUUUUGCAUAAAAAAAUCUUUGUUUAAUUUCUUGGGCUUAAACAAGAUCCCUUCUUUUGAAACUGUGAAGCAACAGUUGAUUGAUUUAAAUUCAAAAUCUAGUAUCGUAUGCGAGCAUCUUCAAACAAUACUAAAUGACAUAUAUGACUACUUAAAUAGUCAUGCUAGUAUCAGUCAACUAAAGGAACUAAGUGGGUUGCGCAUAGUAUAUUCUGAAAACUUUAAUCUAGUGCUUCCUUGUUUAACAUUCAUUUAUUUUCCACUUGACAUGUCUCCAUAUAUAUUUAAAUUAUCAAAAAGUAUUGCAGGUAAUGAUGUUCAAAAACAUUUAAUGAUGAAAUUAGGAGUUAAGCAUAAACCGGAACUUGAAGAUUAUUUGAAUAUUCUAUCAAAAAUCAAUGAAGAUUACAAAUCUGAUUCGCUUGCUGAUCAGCUACUUAAAACAAUAAUUAAAUUUAUUAUUCCUGAGUUAUUACCUUACAAAGAUUCAAUUAUUAGUGAGAAGCUGUACCUUCCAGAUACUAAUGGUAAACUGAGAAUAUCUACAGAGUUAUAUUUUAAAGAUGUUUUUUGGACUCCAGAUCAGCCAGGAAUAAACUACUGUCAUGGUGAUAUUCCAAUUUAUCAUUGUAUUGCUCUUGGUGUCAAACCAGCAAGACACAAACAUUUUAAUAUGAUGUCAAAAGGAAUAUGCUAUAAGCAGUUUGGUCAGCAUGAAAAAUUGUCUGUCAGAUUAGCAAAACUUAUAAAAGGAUAUCGAAAUAGUGAAGACAUUUUAAACGAAUUAUUACAAAAUGCUGAUGAUGCAGGAGCAACAGAAGUUACAUUUUUAUUAGACACAAGAACUCAUGGUAAAGAAAUGGUUUUUUCUGAUGAAUGGAGGGAUCUUCAAGGACCUGCACUGUUAAUAUGCAACAAUGCAAAAUUUAAACAAAGCGAUUUAAAGGGUAUUCAGAAUUUAGGAGAAGGAACAAAAAGUAAAAAUGCUUUGCAAACUGGAAAAUAUGGAGUGGGAUUUAAUGCAGUGUACCAAAUCACAGAUUGUCCAAUGUUGCUUACACCUAUUUUGGAGGGUGGAGAUGUUUUGUGUGUAUUUGAUCCAAAUCUGAAGUAUGUUGUUGAUGCAACCGAACAGUAUCCAGGAACUAUGAUUGAAAAUGCAAGACAGGUCAUUGAAACUUAUAGUGAUGUUAAAAAAGCAUUGUUAAUUGAUGAAUUUAAUUCUGAAGGUAAAACUUUGUUCAGACUUCCGCUAAGAAAUGAAAAGAUGGCUAAAGUUUCUGGAAUAUCAAAUGCAGUGAUAAAUAAUGAUUAUAUUAGUAGUUUAUUUAGUAAAUUUGAAAAACAUUCUUCCUCGGUUCUGCUUUUUCUUAAAAGUGUGCUUAAGUUGACAUUUAAAACCAUAGAAGUUAAUGCUGAAAAAUCUACAACAUUUGUUGCUCAACAUUAUGAUACUAAUUUAAAAAAGAUUAGAAAGUUUCAAAAAACUGAAAAAGAUUUUGCUAAUAAGUUGGGAAAUGUUACAGCAAUAAUGAAUUUAGUAGAACGACUCAACAAGUUUGUGUGUGUCACACAUUUGAUAGACAAUGAGUUUUAUGAAUCAUAUCACUGGAACAUUAUUGAGCAAGUUGGAUUUUCUUCCAUAGAUAGCGUUUCUCCUCAAAUAAUGGAGUUGAUUGAAAAUAAUGAACUAUAUUUAAUACCAAAAGGAGGUAUUGCAAUUCCUAUUUAUAAAAACUGUGAAACAUGUGAAAAUAUCAAUGAGGUUAUUAAUAAAACUAACUUUAUAUUAGACCAUGGAUUAUUGUUUUGUUCUUUGCCAUUGCCCAUGAUUACAGGCUUACCAGUUUUUAUUAAUGGUAAUUUUGUUUUAGAAUAUGAAACACGGCGAUGUCUUAGCCUAAGUUUUCCAGAUUCAGUUGAUUUUAUAUGGAACAAAACAAUAAUUCAGCAUUGCAUUAUUCCAUGUUACUUAGAUUACAUAACACAACAGGCAUCUAAACUUUCAAAAUAUUUUAAUGAUUUGGAAAAACAAAAUUUUAAAAUAAGACAAUUUUACAACAUGUUUCCUAAAUCUGACUAUAUACAUAACAAUUUAUUAAUGAAUUCUUUUUUUAAAACAAUAUCAGACCAUAAUCUUUCAGUAUUAUUAGUGUUAAAUGAAAAUAAUGGUGAACCUAAAGUUGAUUGUGUUUCUUUUGAAGAUUUUUUGAUAUAUGAAACUAAAGAAGAUGUUCACUCUUCAACAAAAAGGUCUCCAUUACUAUUGAUGUUGCAACAACUAUUUAUUCCAUGUGAUCUAUUACCAAAACAUAUUAAACAGGGUUUUAUUCAGAUUGAAUCCCCACUUAAAGUGUGCACCCCAAAUGUCAUUUGCAAAUUAUUGUGCGAACUAGCAUUUAAAAUUCUGCCUAAAAGUUCUAAUCACUGGGAUGUGACAAAAACAAGAUUUAGAGAUAAAAAAAAUGUAAAAAUGGUUUUAAAGUAUUGUUUGUCUAAAAAUCAAAAAAAAAGUACCAUUAAUGAAUAUAAAAAAAAGUCUGGUACUGAUGAAGAAAAUAAUGCUCCAGCAAUAGAAUUAAAUGGGUUACCUCUGUGUUUAUGUGCAGAUGGCAGUGUUACUUGUUUUUCUGAACAAAAUCCAAAGUUUUUAUCUAAACACAGUUCUUUAUUUGAAGAGUUUGCCAUUAAAUUUGUAGAUAAAAAUUUACUUUUUCAUCUAAAUGAUUACAAAAGUUGUAAUUGCUUCAAAGAAUUUACAAUUGCAGACUUUGUAAGGUUUUUACCUGAAGUUUUACCCAGUGAGAAGUUUUUUGAUAUCAUUAUUGAAGUUAAUUUAGAAAAAGAUAAAAACAUUUUGGGGAAAGACUUUUAUUGGUUUAAAAACGUAUGGCGUUUUCUUGCUGAAGUUGAAAAUGAAAAAACUCCCAAGUGGUUACAUAGCGAUAUACAGCACUGGUCCUUGUUAAUUGUAAAGUCUGGCGAUAAGUCAUUUGUUUUUCCUCUUGAAAAAAGUAAAAGCGUUUUACAGUUGCAAAAUGUUCAUAGAAGUUUUGAAGAGCUUUCCCAAAUACUGAAAAAAUGUUUUGGAGUUUUUGAAAGCGAUUUUAUUGAAGAUAAGAACUCUACUAGUAAAACAAAUAUUUAUUCAGCAUCAAGUGAAAAAAUUAAGGAGUAUCUAUAUUCUAUGGAUUUGGCUGAAAAUAUUUUUGGUAACAUUGAAGAACCAUCAGACUUGAUUAAUGCAUUGAUUCUUUCAUUCAACAAUGGAAAAUGGAACAAUUACAGUGAAAAAGAAGCUUAUGCAAUUUUAAAACAGUUUUCCUAUCCAAAUAAAACUCUGGACCCAUCCAUUAAAAAUAGUUUGAAAAGUUUGCCUCUUUUUUUAUCUAAUAAGAAUUGCUUUCUGCCACUUAAAACAGAUGUAUUUGUCCUUGUUACUGAGUAUGUUCUUUUUGAUGGUUUAGAAGAAUUUCUGAAUGGUAUCACCUUUCUUCAAUAUGGCAAUGAUGAAGAUAUUAAAAGUUUAUAUAUAUCACUUGGUUCUGUUUGCAUCAACAGUAUUGAAUUUUACAAAAUGUAUGUAAUUCCUAAUUUUGAUAGAAUUGAUGAAUGUUCAAAAGACAAACAUUUAGAUUUUAUAUUAAGCACUUUUUACAGUAUAAUUAUAAAUGAUGCUCUUAAAUUUCAGUGGAUUGAAUUAUUAAAAUCAGCUAAAUUUGUAAAAAAUUCUAAUGGAGAAAGACAUUUCUGUUCAGAGCUUUAUGAUCCAACAAAUUUUUUGUUUAUUAAAGUAUUGCCAAAUGUUAAUUUUCCACAACCUAAAACUUGUGGUAAAUGGACAAACUAUGAAAAUAAUAAAUGGCUUAGUUUUUUGAAAGAGAAUGGUUUGAUAAAUGUAAUAACUGAAGAUAUUUUCGUUUUUCUUGCUACAGAAAAUGAAAAGCGCAAAGAUUUAGAAUCAUUUAACGACAUAUCAAAAGAUUUGAUUUUUCAUCUUAAUAACAUAUCAACACAUGAAAAUAAUAAAUUUUCUCAAAAUUUUUAUGAAAAAAUAAAAAACAUAAGAUUUAUUUCAUCUUUAAAAAUGAACAACUUUAUAGAAAGUAUUUGUCCUAGUGUUAAUUCUACUUAUGAAAAAAUAUGCAUGGAAGAAUCAGCUUUGUAUGAAUCUCGACAUUUGGUUUGGACAAAAAAGUCAGUUUUACCAAGUUACUUAGAUCAAAAUUUAUCUUUGAAUUUAAAAAAAUACAAAGUAAGCCAAUAUGACCCUGAUUUAGUUGUAGAUCAUGUUCAAAAUAUUUUAAACUCCAACCAAUUAUCUCAAAAAAAUGAGACGCAAAAGUUAAUAUCUUCUGAUAUUGUUGAUCUAUUUUUCACAAUUUUUAAACAGAUUUAUUCAUACUUUAUAUCUUUAAAAAACUCUUAUAUUAUUUCAAAAUUAAAAGCUAUGAGCAUUGUUCUUGUUUCAAAAAAUACAUGUUUAGAUGUUCCCCAUAAAACUUUACUGUUUGAAGAAGGAAGUAUUCCACCCUAUUUAUGUCCAGUUGAUGUUUCUUUAGGUCAAUAUUUUAAGUUUUUUGAGGAAAUAGGAUCUCACUCUAAACCUUCUUCAUCAAUGUAUAUGCAAGCUUUAAAAAACUUAAAAGAAGAAAAAAAUGAAAACAUUUUGCAUCCUAAUGACUUAAAGAUUGCUUCAAGUGCAAUGCGCUAUUUAUCUGACAUGCUUCAAAGAGAUUCACUUUUGCCAGCUGAUUCAAAACUUUAUUUACCAACAUAUAUAUUUGAUAACAAAGAAAAAAGUAGUAUUUAUCUAACUCUUUCUUCAAACAUCAUAGCAAUGUCAGAUUUCUGCUAUGCAGAAAGAUUAAAAAACUUUCAAGAACCUAUUCUCUUUAGUGACAAAAAUGAUAAAAUUCAACCUGGGACAAGUGAGAUUUUGAUGAAGCAUUUACCAUUAGACAUUCGACCUAAAAAUAUAGGAGAUGUGUUAAGUUAAGAAAUAAUUUCAGAAAUAAAUCCUAUAACUAUUCCAUCAGGACAUAUCAGUGAAGAUAUUAAAAAACGUUUGAAAGCUCCAGAAUUUUUAAUAGCAUUGCAGCGCUUAAUUAAGCAUGACUCUAUAUCAAGAUCAAUUAAUAUUGAUUUGAACAACACUAUUGAAAUGGUUACAAAUAUUUUGCAGCACUUUAAUGUUGUUGUUGUGCCAAAAAUUGAAACAAAGCUCAAGUUUCUUCCCAAAGAUUUUUUGAUUGAUGGAAGUAAUUCUGAUUGGAAUGUUUUUUUAUGGAAAUUAAAAGGUGGAGUUACAUUGUAUUUAGCUUCAAUUUUAGAAAAAAAUGAUUCAGACAAAAUUUAUAUAUAUCUAACUACUCAUUUAAUGGAGUAUUUGGGAUUGUCGUUUAAUGAACCAACUCUAACAUUGUUACUUUAUCAGAUGUUUCAUAACCCACUGCAGCGUUUGUCACCAAUUUUAAAUGAAUAUAAAAUUUAUCAUGAUUCUUCAAACAUAUCUUUCUUAGAUCAUGGUCAGCUUCCAUCGCCUGGUGACAAGGUACCUUUAGAACUCCACCCAUUACUAAGUAAUGAAUUUUUUGAAUUUGAGAUUGAUGAUUAUGCAGCUUUAGAUGUUGGUAGUGAAGACGAGAGAGAAUUUAUUUAUGUGCUUAUAAAAAAUAAACCUUCAGGAUGUUUUAGCGAUAUGAAUAGCGAGUAUGAAGUACAAAUGAGUCCUGAUGGAAUGCUGGUUAAAAGGAGAUCUUUUCUAUUAUAUGGGUUUAAUAGAAAUGCAAAUCCUGGUUUGAAGAAAAGAAUUGGUUCAUUAGAUGUGGCAUUAGUCUCUGGAACAGAAAAUAUAGAUGAAGACUUGAAUAACUUGGAGGAAGAUUUAGGAGAUGUUGAAGAAAUAUGUCAAUUAAUAAAAGAAGAGCUGAAAAAUCUUGCCCGUUUAUCUCCAGAGGAUAAAAAGAAAGUCAUUCGGAGACUCUUUUUAAGAUGGCAUCCAGAUAAACAUGUUUUGAAAAACAAAGAUAAGGCCACUAAAAUAUUUCAAUUUUUACAGAAGUGUAUCAACAAGUCAGAAGAAGGAAUGUCCAAUAACUUUAGCAGGUGGUCCUCACAAGCCUCAAGUGAUGGAAACAACUUUAGGGAUUAUUUUAAGACAUUUUUUAAAAGUGAUUUUUACUAUAAUCACCAAAGUUCUCGCAGCUGGGUUCCUCCUUCGUUUCAAAAGAAAAAUCCGCAACCUGGUGAGGCAAAAAGAUGGCUUCGACAAGCAAAAUUUGAUUUGGAUUGUGCAGAAAAUGAAUUAUAUUUUGAAUGGAAAUGCUUUAAAUCUCAUCAAGCAGCCGAAAAAUCAUUAAAAUCUGCGCAAUAUUUGAUUGAUUUUAAAAGUAUCAAAUCAUGCUCAUUAAUUGAAAAUGCCAGAGGUUUGGACAUUCAAUUGCAAAAUUGGGCUGCUGAGUUAGAAGGUCUUGUCGGUUCCUCUUUAAAACUGAGAUACCCAAAUCAAUGGAGGUUUCCAAAGAUUCCUCAUGAAAGUUAUAAUUCUGAUCAAGCAGAUAAAUCAUUAGAAAUUGCAAGACACAUUUAUGAAAAUGUUCAACAAAAGCUAGAUGAACAACAAGCUGGUUGCUAAAAUAAAUUUGCUUACGAAAAUUGCAAAGAUUAUUUUAUUUGUUAUUGUGCUUUUUUUCUGUAUUUUAAAAGUAAAUAAAUUUUUUAUUCAUAUUAAAUAUUUGAUUUACUCAAUAACGAUUUACUCAACUUGGAGUCUAGUCUUAUAAA